UAUUGGACAUUAGAUUGAUCAUUAUCACCACCAAAACUUUGCUAUAUAAACAACUUUACCAAAAGAACAAAAGAGAGAGAAAUUCAACUGAGUUUCAACACUCUCUCUCUCUUCCUCGUACUCUUCUGUGUCUGUCUCUUUCCACUGUCACUGUUCCAUCUCCAACAAUGCACACGAUGGAACAAGAUUACCGUACUCUCUUCAUUGAAGACACAGAUUUCUACAACAGCAUUUUGUUGGGUACCUUGUUACCUCAGUUUUUGUGGGUCCCACUUCCAAGGUUCUUCCAAACAUGGCUUCGUAACUACAUUGGUGGUCUUCUACUUUACUUCAUUUCUGGUUUCUUUUGGUCCUUUUACAUUUACUGUUGGAAACGCAAUGUUUAUCUUCCUAAAGAUUCCAUCCCAUCACGUAGAGCCAUGUUCUUGCAAAUAUCGGUUACAAUGAAAGGAAUGCCUUGGUAUAGUUUGCUUCCAACUAUUUCUGAGUGCCUGGUAGAACUUGGCUGGACAAAAUCCUUUCCUAGAAUAAAUAAUCUUGGUUGGAUUGCCUACAUUGGUUAUUUAGCAAUUUAUAUGGUUAUUGUAGAGUUUGGUAUUUAUUGGAUGCAUAGAAAGUUGCAUGACAUAAAACCGCUUUACAAAUAUCUUCAUGCAACACAUCACAUCUACAAUAAACAAAAUACUCUCUCCCCAUUUGCUGGUUUGGCUUUUCAUCCUCUUGAUGGAAUACUUCAAGCAUUACCACAUAGCCUGACUUUGUUUAUCGUUCCAGUCCAUUUUAAUGUACACUUAGUGCUCUUAUUCAUUGAAAUUAUAUGGUCUUCAAAUAUUCAUGAUUGUAUUCAUGGAAAAUUGUGGCCUUUUAUGGGAGCUGGUUACCACACCAUUCAUCAUACAACAUAUUGUCAUAACUACGGUCAUUACACCAUAUGGAUGGAUUGGAUUUUCAAUACUCUUCGGGACCCUGAGGAAGUUGAAGGCAAUGUGAUGUGAAUAGUUUACAUGAUCAAAGCUCGAAUUAUCUCGGUUUCAUCAGAUAAAUGUUAUCUUUGACUUGAUUAUUGUUGAAAUAAAUUCGGUUUGUUGCAUGUAACAUACAUUCUUCCGUCUUUAUGAUAAGCAAAUAUUUCUUUUUUAGGUUCAUGUAAUAACUAGAUAAAUCAAUUAUUGAAUGUACCUGAGAAACAAAUAUUUGAAUAUAAAAAUGACGAAAGAGUACGAGGACUAGCUAA